CCGUGCCCGCGGUCAUUUAUCGACUCGUUCACACCUCACUCAGCACACGCAGCAGGUGUCUAUCUGCCUGUCUGCCAAGUCAACAUUGACCUCAUCUCGUUGGUCCACAGAUGGCCCUGGAAGUCUUCAGCAGCAGAAGCAGGGCUCACUAAUUACUUACACACACCGAUCAAGCAAUCGAUGUCUUGUCACUCUCACACAGCAACAUCCAUCCCUCACUCCAUCACGACUGGCUGAAGAGCUGCCUCGAUAUGUGCUCACGGGCACUCGCCAAGGCCUAUGGUGGCACACACAGAUAGACACAGGCAGGGGUGGAGCGAUUCGCGUCAGUCUGUGCGUGCAAGUGUGACGGGACUUUGGUCGCUCACCGCCUGGAAUGGUUGUCCCUCCUGCGGCUCUCCCUCGAGCAUGUUGCUGCGCUGUGUGAUGAUAGCAGGGUCGGUCCCGAAGAUGAUCCUACACACACACACACACAGACACACAGGGAGCCGUGUGUGCCGCGUCGUUCUGUCCAUCCCGCUGACUGACCCGCCAUCCGUGCAUUCGUCGAGCAUGAGGAACAGCGAGUCCAGGUGCUCAAGCAGAGACCGACGCCACACCUGGUUCCUGAGGCAGAUGAGAUAAGGAAGGUAUGGGAGGUGAGAUGACACACACACGUCACACGUCACACGUCAGCCACAGGCAGCACACCAAACCAAAUACACAGAGCAGCUCUCUCUCUCUCUCUCUCUCUCUCUCUCCCAGCCACCCACCAACCUACCCAGUGAUAGUGCAGAUGCACUGGUAGAUGGCGUUCAUGAGCUCCAGCAGCAUCAGCUCGUUCUCAUCCCCCUCGCCCACCAGGUACACCACCACAUCGUUCGAAGACCGGAACAGAGCCAAAUACUCGCCGACCAUCAUGAUCUCAACUGCACCAUCCCAACACGCACACACACACACGCAGCGAGUGAAGCGCUGGCCCAUCUGUAUCUCUCUCUAUAUAUAUCUCCAUCUCUCUCUCUCUCUCUCUCUGUGUGUGUGUGUGUAUGUGUGUGUGUGCCUGCCUCCCUCGCCCACCGUCAUUGCGCCCGGUUAGCCUGUUUGACUUCUCUGAGAGCUGUUUCUCGAACUUUUGCUGCGCUGCAAAGUCCUUGAAGUCGUCGUGCUCCCCAAAGUACUUGACGGCAAUCCGCCCCCCGUCGCUGUCCAGCACCACUAUCGCAGCCACCUGGUUGUGCAUCUUGCAAUCGCUCACUCACUCACAGCACCAACAUCCACAAGCAGUGACGCAAAACAGUAGGCAGAGUGAGCGCUUGUCUGAGAG